UAUACAGCCUGCAAAUGUAUUAAUUAACGACGAACGUCUCUUGAUAUCUGUCAGAAGUUAAGAUUCCGUAGCAAAUUCUCCACUAGUUUCUUCAUCCCUGUCAAAUUGCCCUUUCUUCUUCACAAAUUAUAUUCGAUUAUUCCAUUUCUAUCAAUUUCUCUCGAAUCGCGGCUGAUCGAAAUCGAACCCUACUGCAGCAAUCAAUUUUGAUUUUGGAGAUAAUUACAGACGAACAAAAAAAAUUAAUGAAAUUCGGGAAGGAAUUCAGGAUACAUUUGGAAGAAACCCUACCGGAAUGGAGGGACAAGUAUUUGUCGUACAAGCCCCUGAAGAAGCUCCUGAAGAAUAUUCCGGCCACCGCCGCUGAUAAUCCGCCGCCGGACGGACCUUUGCCGGAGAUUCAGGAGUGGUUUGUGGGGAUACUUAACGUUGAGCUCGACAAGUUCAACGAUUUCUACGUCGAUAAGGAGGAAGACUUCAUCAUCCGAUUCCAGGACUUAAAAGAAAGAAUCGAACGACUGAAGGUGAGAGGAAGUACCGAUGGAGUAUUCACCUCCGAGACCGAAUUUAGCCAAGAAAUGAUGGAAAUACGAAAAGGGUUUGUUUCCAUUCACGGUGAAAUGGUCCUUCUCAAAAACUACAGCUCCCUCAACUUUGCAGGUCUAAUCAAGAUUCUGAAGAAAUACGAUAAAAGAACCGGCGAAUUACUGAGCCUACCGUUUACCCAGCUUGCCUUUCAUCAGCCCUUUUUCACAAUCGAACCUCUCACUAGAUUAGUUCGCGAGUGCGAAGCAAAUCUCGAAGUUCUUUUUCCAUUGGAAGCUGAAGUUGUUGAAUCUGUCACUGUUCAAAAUGUGCAAACGGAGCAGACAGGGGCUGAUAAAUCAUCGAUGCCCCUUGGGGAAGAAACGAUGGAUAUUUACAGGAGUACCCUUGCUGCAAUUAAAGCUAUACAAGGUCUUAAGAAGGCGAGCUCUACUUAUAAUCCUAUGUCGUUGUCUUAUCUAUUUGGGAACCAGGAUAACGACAGUACAGGGGCACUUACGGAAGAGAAUUCGCCCUCGGAAUCUUUUUUGAACUUGCAUAAAGGUGAGGAUGCAAAUGAAGACGUUCGCUCCCCCCCUAAAUAAAGUAGCGUAUUUUUUCUCGAAUAUUUAAAAAAUAAGUUGUAAGAAUAUGGUGUGUAAUAAGAUAUGCCUACAUACAGAAUGUAAUGUAGUGAAAUUUUGGAUUUCAUGUUUUGGAUUGAAUGAAAAUUAUGGUAUUUGCAA